UUAGUCACCAUUAUUUAGUCCAUUUACUGUCAACAACUUCUCCAUAACAUACAGUCUCUGUGAUCUCUAUUAUAUUCUCUCUUUUCUCAAACUGAGCACACACAAAGUUCUUUUUGCGACCAAUCGUUUGAGCCUCUUCAUCUACUCGACCUUAACAAACUGAUCCGCACCCUCAAGAGCUCACGGAAAGUUUUGUACCACCAAUUGUUCAAGUUUAUUCGUCUCCUCGAUCUUGACAACGUGAUCCGCAUACUCAAGGAUAUUUUCAAUGGCUUUCAUGAACACCAAGAGAGACUCAUCAUCUUCCUCUUCCACUCAUACAUUGAAAUAUGAAGUAUUCCUUAGUUUUAGAGGUGAGGACACCCGCAUUGGUUUUACAAGCCAUUUAUAUACUGCAUUGGAUCAAAAGGGCAUAUACACCUUUAUAGAUGAUGAAAAACUUGAGAGAGGAAAAUCGAUUUCACCUACACUCAUGAAAGCAAUAAAAGAAUCGAGGUUUGCUAUUGUCAUUUUCUCAAAAAAUUAUGCAUCUUCAACGUGGUGCCUAGAGGAACUUGAAGAGAUCAUUGGAUGCAUAACCAAGACAGGAAUGACAGUUUUACCUAUUUUUUAUUAUGUGGAUCCAUCUGAUGUAUGGAAGCAAACAGGAACUUUCAAACAAGCUUUUGAUGAACAUGAACAACGUUUCAAGGAGAACAUAGAGAAGGUGCAAAAAUGGAGAGCUAUUUUGAAUGAAGUAGCCAAUAUCUCAGGAUGGCAUGUACCAAAAAGGUCUGAGGCAGAAUGUAUCCAAGACAUUGUGGAAGUGAUAUUGAAUAAAUUGAGUAAUACAUUCUCAGUACCCAUGGGACUAAUAGGAAUAGAAUCCCGAGUCGAGAAAUUGAAGUCAUGCUUAGCUAUAGAGUCAAAUGAUGUUCGCAUUAUAGGAAUAUGGGGGACAGGAGGAAUGGGUAAGACAACUCUUGCAAGCGUUGUGUAUAAAAUGGUUUCCAAUAAAUUUGAUGCUUCCUGUUUUAUCGCUAAUGUUAAGGAAGAAUAUGAAAUACGUGGUUUACGUAAGAUACAACAAAUAAUUUUGAAGAGACUUUUAAAUGAUAGAGAUUUGAAGGUACAAGAUGUUGAUAAAGGAUUUCUUAUGAUCAAAAGUAGGUUACGUCACAAAAAGAUUCUUCUUGUUCUUGAUGAUGUAAAUGAAUCAGAACAAUUGAAGAAGUUAGUUGGGGAGCAUUGCUGGUUUGGUUUAGGUAGUAGGGUUAUUAUAACAACAAGAGAUAAGCAUUUGUUGGUGUUGCAUGAAGUAAAUGAAAUAUAUGAGGCUGAAGUCUUGAAUCAUGAGGAAGCUCUUGAACUUUUUAGUUUGAAAGCUUUUAAAAUGGACCAUCCAGCUGAACACUAUGAAAAGCUAUCUCAAGCUUUUGUAGAUUAUUCUAAGGGGCUUCCUUUGGCCCUUGAAGUUUUGGGUUCUUUCUUGUUCAAAAAAAGCGUUGAUGUAUGGAAAAGUGAACUGGCUAGGCUCAUGAUGGAAUUUUGUGAUAGAGGAAUUCUCAAUGUGCUUCGAAUAAGUUUUGAUGGUUUACAAGAAAUAGACAAAAAUAUAUUCCUAAAUAUUGCAUGUUUUUUUAAUCAAAUGGAUAGAGAUAAUGUCAUAGAAAUACUAGAUUCUCUCGAGCUAUCCCCUAGAAUUGGAUUACAGGUUCUUAUUGACAAAGCUCUCAUAAAAUUGCAUUGGAAUCGAUUGAAGAUGCAUGAUUUAUUACGAGAUAUGGGUCGGAACAUAGUUCUUCAAGAGUGCCCUGAAGAUCCCGGGAAGCGUAGCAGAUUGUGGUUGUAUAAAGACAUUGACAAUGUAUUGAUAACAAAUACGGGAACGGAAGCAAUUGAAGGCAUAGUCCUAAAUUUACCCAAACCAAUAGAGGCAGAUUGGAAUCCCGAAUCCUUUUUAAUGAUGCAACAUUUGAAAUUGCUCAUAAUUAAUAAUGUUUGCCUUAUGCAUGACCCUAAACAUCUUUCCAAUGACUUAAGAUUUCUUGAUUGGCGUGGGUACUCUUCAAAAUCUUUGCCAUCAAGUUUCCAAUCAAAUAAGCUUAUUGAACUUCACAUGUGCUACAGCUACAUUGAACGACUUUGGGAAGGAACAAAGUCUUUUGAGAGAUUGAAACUCAUCGAAUUAAACAAGUCUCAAAAUCUCAUUGAAACCCCUGAUUUCACCAAAAUCCCAAUUCUGGAGAAGUUGUUUUUAGAAGAUUGUAUAAAUUUACUAAGGGUGCACCAAUCAAUCGGAGUUCAUAAAAAGCUUACCAUUCUUAAUCUAAAAGGAUGCAAAAAUCUCAGAAGUCUUCCAAACAAAUUUGAAAUGAGGUCUCUUGAAAUUCUUAUUCUUUCUGGUUGUUCAAAAGUGAAAAAAAUCCCAGAAUUUGAGAAGAAUAUGAAACUUGUAUUAAACAUUUACUUGGAUGACACUGCUAUUACAGAAUUACCCACAUCAAUCGGAGUUCUUAAAAAGCUAACUUUUCUUAAUCUAAAAGCUUGCAAAAGCCUCAAAACUCUUCCAAACAAGUUUGAAAUGGAGUCUCUUGAGAUUCUUACUCUUUCUGAUUGCUCGAAGGUAAAACAAAUUCCAGAAUUUGGGAGAAACAUGAAACGUGUAUGUAAGCUUUACUUGGAUGGUACUGCCAUUACAAAACUACCCACAUCAAUUGAGCAUUUGACUGACUUAGCUUCAAUUAAUUUAAGGGAUUGCAAAAAUCUUGUGUGUCUACCCAACACCAUUUUCAAUUUGAAGAUGCUUAAAGAUGUGGAUAUUUCUGGAUGCUCAAAACUUGAGAGACUACCUGAGAAUUUGGGGAAUGCAGAAAGUAUAGAGGAGCUUGAUGUGAGUGGAACUGCUAUAAGACAAGUGCCUCCUUCCAUUGGUCUCUUAAAGAACCUUAAACAACUAUCUUUCCGCGGAUGUAAGGGGUUAUCAUCAUCUAAAUCUAAAUCAUGGUAUGACUUCCUUCUUUUUUAUUUAAUGCCAAGAUGUCCAGAUCCCGUGGAAUUGCCCUCUCUAUCUCUAUCGGGAUUGUGUUCUCUGAUCAAAUUGGAUCUAAGAGACUGCAAUCUUAGGGCAAUCCCCAAUGAUAUUAGUUGCUUAUUCUCUUUAAACAUAUUAAAUCUAAGUGGAAAUGAUUUUGGUUGCCUUCCGGAAAACAUCGCUCAACUAUCUAGUUUGAGACAUUUGAACCCGGAUAAUUGCACGAGUCUUCAAUCAUUGCCAAAGCUUCCAUUAAAUAUUGAUUAUAUUAGGGGAUUUAAUUGUACCUCAUUGGAAACAGUACCAAAUCUAUUGAAACCAAAUUCUUCAAUUGAGCCAACCCUCAAUCUUUCAGAUUGCAAUAAACUAGGUGACAAUCAAGGCUUUAUUGACAUGUUUUUUGCAGUGAUAAAAAAGUUGUUACAGGGACAUUCUCUUGACGACAGACAUAUGCAUAAGAGAUAUGCCAUCAUUUUUCCUGGAAGUGAAAUUCCAAAAUGGUUUAGGUAUCAAAGUAUAGGGGCUGAAGUGAAUAUAAAAGAACCUUUUUCUCAUUUGUGUAAUGAGUGGAUGGGGAUCGCUGUCUGCGUUGUAUUUUGUUCUCAUCCACAUCAUCAAAUCCCCAACGGUGAUUCGCUUUCAUGUUGGUUGAUAGCCAAUGGAAAAAAAAUGUCUUCUGCACCAAACACUGGCCAUAUUGUUGUUUUAUCAGAUCAUAUUUGGCUACUUUAUUUGCUUCCUCAAUACUACCAAGAGAAACAAAUAAAAUUAUUGUCGGAAUGUGAUGCAAAUGGAUUCAUUCGGGUUGGAAUUAGAAUUAUGACUCAUUGUUCAGUCUUUGAGGUGAAGAGAUGCGGGUUCCGUAUGGUGUAUAAGAAAGACAUUGACGAUGUCAACCGAAGUAUGGCUCAGUGUAGCAACAAUAGCACCAUUCCUUAUAAGGGUUUGGAUGUCAAGCGAACCCGUGAUGACUAUGAUGGGGCUGGACCUAAUGGAGAAGGAAGCUCUAGUACCACACCCAAAAUGGAUUGUGAGGAGUCAAUUGAGUACAAAGACUGUGGUGAGGAGUUAAGCAAUUGGGAGGAAUCUAGUGAAAGUGACCGGGAAGGUUAAUCAACUUUUUUCUCUACAUUACCUGUGAGACUGAGACCUUUUUUUUCUGAGAAACCAGACAAGAAGCCUGGGCUAAUAUUAAUAAAGCAUGUUCAAUGGACAUCAAAUAGCAAAAGAGAGGUACUAUCCUCAGGUGGAUCAGAAAGCCACACCUGGGACCCCAACCGCUUUUAGCUUUUUUUGCUAAAGCAUCAGCAACACAGUUAGAAGAACGAUUAACAUGGUUGAACAUAGAGGACUGAAAAAGCACGGCUUGACAGCGUAUGUCUUCAAUGAGUUUCUGUAGGUUGAGAAUCCAGCAUUACCUUGGUUUAUAGCAUUGAUAACCAUAGUUGAAUCCCCUUCAAAAACAACUGUUUGAAGCCCAAACUCAGCCUGCCAAAGCCUCCAUAUCAGCGAUGGAGUGAGCCACAGCGCACCAACAAGUUCACCCCUCCAAUCUCGAACAAUAACUCCAAUUCCAGCCGAGUUUGUGGUUCUGAAUACAGCAGCAUCAAAGUUCACUUUGUACUGAUUCAGCUCAGGUGGACGCCACUGGUGCGAGAUGGGAGGGAGAGGUUUCACUGGUUCCUUGUCUUCUGCUAUCAAAAACUCCUGCAGCAUGUUACCAGCCAUAGAGACAAUGUUUGCAAUAGGGUGCACUGGACGGCCAAAGUGAGAUGCGUUUCUCCUAUUCCAUAAUAGCCAGGCCGAUAUAGAAAAGACCUCUUUUUGAUAAUCAU